AUGAAAUAUAUAUCUUUUAUAUUUUUAAUAGUUUUGGGGCUGACUUAUUAAGUGAGUAAUUCAAAUAGAUGUACAGAUUGUAGUCAAUUUAAAUCAGAAAGAGAUUGUGAAUAGUAAAAUCGAAUUUGCGAAUGGAUAAUUACUUCAGAAAAUAAACAAGGAAAAUGUGAAGAAGCAAAUUAUAAGCCUAUCUAGAAUUAUACCCCUUAUUGUGAGCUAGUUGAUUAGCCAGAAAUAAAUUGUGCUCAAACUUUAGGAUGUGCUUAUAUUAACUCAAAAUGCACACAUUUUACUGGAUGUCAAGCAUAUGUUAAAACAACAACUGCAGAUUGCUUGGCAAUAUCUUAUUUUUGCGUCAGUGAUGGAACUGCUUGUAUUUAAGCUAAAGAAUGCAAGUAAUACACUAAAGAACUUUGUGAAUCUAUUUCAAGUGUCUUAUCAGGAAUUCUAAAAUGUAAAUGGAAAACAAGUACUGGAAUUUGUAUAAAUUAAUCCUGUUCAGAAGCUGAUCUUAGCUUAAAUACAGAUGAAAAAUGUUCAAGUUGGUUAGCUGGUUGUGUGACAAAAGGUUAAGGUUGUGUUGAUUCUCCAAGACCUGCUUGUGCCACAUAUACAGGAGAUGAUGCUGAUUGUUAAUCUUUUAUUGGAUCAGAUGGAUAUUGUGAAUUAGCAACAGGUAAAACAAAUUGCAAAGCUAAAGAAUGUUAGAAUGCUUCAUCAUCAUUUACAACUGAUGAUAAUUGUAAAGCCUAUUAAAGAGGAUGUAUCUCAACAGGAAAAGGUUGUGUUUUUGCAAAAACAAAGCCUUUAUGUAAAUACUAUUCAGGAGAUAACACUACUUGUGUUGGAUAUAUUGGAUCAGAUGGAGUUUGUGAAGGUGAUGUUGGAGGUUCUAAAUGUAGAGCAAGAAAAUGCGAAAAUGCAAUAUUUAGUUCUGAUGCGCUUUGUGAAUAUUACUAAAGUAGUUGUAAAACUAAUGGCAAAACAUGUGUUUCAUAGUUAACAGCUUGUAAUACAUAUAAAGGAACUGCCACUACUUGUGCUGUAUACAUUGGUACUGAUGGAAUUUGUAAAGGAACCAGUACAAUAGAAGCUUCUUGUUUACCAAAAGUUUGUGAAGAAGCUCCAGAAAGCACUUAAACUGAUGCAAAAUGUAAUAGAUAUUAAGUUGGAUGUGUUACUACAGGAAAAGGCUGUGUUACAAAGAAUAAUUUGAAAUCUUGUACUACUUAUGAUGGAGAUGAUACUAGUUGUUAUUCAAGAAUUGGAUCUGAAGGUAAAUGUAUAUGGAAGAGUGGAACCAAAUGUGUUGCUAGAGAUUGUACUGAAGCUAAGAGUAAUUUAUAUACUAAUCCUCUUUGUGCUAGUUAUUUCACUAAUUGUGUUACAACUGGAUCUGGAUGUGUUUCAUAAACUACUUGUGAUUUGACAGUUAAAUAAUAAAGUUGUGAAGGUACUAACAAUUGUUAAUGGUAACCUAUUUGUACUAGUAAUGCCACUUGUAGUGAAUUUAAAAAGAAAUCUAUAUGUUUAGCCAACCAGGCUAGAGUAAAAACUUUAGAUAAAAUUGAUGAUAAAGGAAAUCCAAUAUAUAUUUAUUUAACUAAAAAAUGUGGUUGGUUUAAUAAUGCAUGUAAGGAAUUGGCAUGCUCAGAUUUAACAGGUCCUUUAUAUAAUAAUGAUUCAAAUUGUUCAGCUGAACUGUCAACUUGUAUUAGUAAUCAAGUUGAUGCCUGCAUAACUAAAUAUGAAUGUAAUAAACUUACUGGAACAUAAUCCACUUGUUCAAGUUAUCUAGGAUAUUGCACUAAUACAUUAACAGCUACAGAUGCGACUCCUUGUAUACUAAGAAAAUGCUCUGAUAAUAUAAAUGCUACAGAUAAUGCUGCUUGUACUAACUACUUACCUGAAUGCAUUCAUAUUGAAAAAGGUUGUGUUCAUUAUACAACACCAUGCACAUCAAUUAAAGGAACUUAAGAAACAUGUAAUAAAAUAUUUGCUUAUAAGAGUGGAUCUAUUGAGAAUUUUAUAACAAAUCAAUGUUAUAAUAUAAUAUCUGCAACUGAAAAUAUUUACUGUCAAGUGAAAACAUGCAAAUUGGCUGAAAACUAAAAUGAUGAUACAUGUGGGUUAUUUUUAGAAGGAUGUGUCUAUAAUGGAAAUGGAGGUUGUGUUGAUCCAAAAGCAGAUGACACAACUUGUGCAAGUUAUACAGGUACAGAAAUAUUUUGUGAAUCUGCUAUUGUUGGUAAUAAUACUACAAAAUAUUGUUUUGGAACAUCUACAACAACCAAAUGCACUCUUAGAGUUUGUACAGAUAAUACAAUAGCUACAAAUGAUGAGGAUUGCGAGGAUUUCAUGUCAGGAUGUAUAGCUAAAUCUGAAGGAGGAUGUAUAAGUAAAUAAUCAAGAUCUUGUUCUUAAUAAACAGGAUCAGUUACUACAUGUCCUAAUUAUAGUGGUGGAUUAUAUGUUUUCUCAGAUUUACCAUUUUUGACUAAGGUUGGAUGUACAAAAUACGAUGCUUGCUAAGAUAGAUUAUGUUCUGAUAUUACUAACCCUUCAUCUGCUUAGGAAUGUCUUAAUUACAAAUCUACUUGUAGAUUCUUAACGACUAGAGCUGCAUGCAUUGAUUAAGCAGCAUGUAGUAGUUAUAACCUUCCUGAUACAGCAACAACUGAUGAAUAAAAGUUUGAUUAUUGCACAAAUAUCCAAGAUAAUAAUGGAUUAUUAUGUGGUUAUACAAUGGGAGCAAGUAAUUGUUCAAUAAGAAGUUGUGAUUAAUUCUUAAGUAAAUAUACCAUAUUAUCAUGCAUUACUUACUUAUAAAAGAACAUCUCAACUUAAACUGAAGAUAAAUGUGAAUUAGCAGGAACCAUUUGUUAUUUACCCAUACCAGAUUGUGCAUAUAAUUAUACUACAACUGAUAUUACUGAUACACUUAAGUUAAAUCAAUGUAAAAAGUUUGUGAAUGAUAAAGGAAUUAUUUGUACAUUUAAAACAGGUGAUACUAAAUGUAGUAUAUAGGAUACUUGUGAAAAGUUAAUUAAUUAAAAAGAUGAGAGAACUUGUAAUGAUUAAAAUCUAUUUUUAUCUUCAGGAAAAUGUUAAUAAGUAAGAGGUUCAACUUGUCUAACAUUAUCAACUGCUUGUACAGACUAUUAAAUUGAUUCUACAUUGAGUUUUCAUAUAAAAUAAAAUUUAUGUUGGGGAUUGAAGGUGAUUGAUGAUUAAAGUAAAAUUACUUCAGGAUCAGCAGUGUAUAUGAAAUGUAUCUAUAAGACAGGUAGUACAUGUGAUGCCAUUUCUGCUUGCUCAGAUAUUUAUUCAUCUUCAAGUUAAACAGAAUGUGAGACUUAUAAACCUGGAUGCUUAUAUUAUGGAGGUAAGUGUUAUGCUAAUGUUACUUCUGGUUUUUGCCCUACAACAUUCCCAAAUGAAAUUAAAACAGAUUCUUAAAAAUCUCUUUAUUGUAGAAGUAUCAAAGAAGCUUCUGAUUAUUGUAGCUUAGCAAGUGAUAAAACUAAAUGUGUAUUAGCCACUAAUGUAAAUUGCACUGAUAUAAUAAUACCUACAUUAAUAAGUUGGGAUGGCUAAAAUUAUCUAAUUUCAGAUGCAUUUAAAUCUGCAUAUUGUUUAGUCCAGUCAUACAAAGAUAGAACUAAAUCCUGUAAAUAUACACCUGAAAAUUCAACUACAGUUUGUAGUGAUGCAACAUGUUCAGAUAUCCCUUCUCCUACUAGUUAAGGAGAUUGUGAUAAUUACAUAUAUGGAUGUAUUUACUAUAAUAAUAAAUGUUACCCACCAACAUUAGGUGUGACUGCUGAUGAUGAUUGUACUGAUAAUGCUAAAGUGCCUAUAGAUUCUAAGUUGACAGCAGCAUAAAAAGUAGCAUAUUGUUAAUCAUUUUCUGCAUCUGAUAAAUCAAUAUAUUGCACAUACAAUUAAUAUUCAGGAUAACUUCAAAUUUAAUGUACAGUUGGUGGUCCUUGUGAUUCUUAUAUAGAUUUGCCAGCUUCUCAUGAUACUGAUAAAUAAACAUAUUGUUUAAGUAAAAUUAACAAGACUGGUAAAAGAUGUGCAUUCACAGAAACAGAUACUAAAUGUAGAGAUUUUGAUUGCUAUGAUAUAUAAUAUCCUACAUCUUAAAUUCAUUGCGAUUUAGGAGCACCAGGAAAGCCAUGUAUUUACCUCUUAGGCACUUGUUAUAAUAGGGAUACAGUAUGUACAUCAAUCACAGCUUAAAGUGGAAAUGAGAAGCUUUAUUGCAAUUAAGUCACUGUUGCUGCAACCAUUUGUACUUACAUUUCAGGAACAAAGUGUUCUGUUAAAUAAGAUUGUCAUCUUUAUAGAGUAACCUCAAAUUAGGCUACUGUAUGUGCUACAUUGACUGAUAAUAGUGGAAAUAGGUGUACAUAUCUUGGAGAGAAUAAUUGUGUUAAAUUGGAUGUUUGUAGUACAUAUGAUGGAACGACUUUAGGAAAUUUAGGACCUACAAUCGGUAAAGAAGAUGAAUAAUGUAAAUAAGUUAAAUCAGCCAAUAAUUAUCCAUGUAUUAGAGAUAGUGUUAAAAAAUGUAGAGCAUAAGUAUGUACUGAUAAUGAUGCCAGUGCUACAGAUUGUGUGAAUAAUGCUGAAGGCUGUCUAUAUUAUUUCAACAAAUGCAUAAUAACAGAUAUUUGUUCAAAUUAUACAGCAUAGGGUGAUGAUGAUAGUGCAAAAUAAACAUGGUGUGAAGGAGUUUAAAAUUCAUUGGGAGAUUUUUGUGCUUGGGACCCAGUAAAUAUAAAAUGUAGGGAUAGAUUAUGUAGUGAUAUAAUAUUCUAUACAGAUUUAGAUUGUUAAAGUUAUUUAAAAACUUGUAAGACAAAUGGGAGAAUUUGUGUUUCAUCAUAUAGUCCAUGUUCUUCAAACAACGGUUCAUCAGAUUUUUGUAAUUCCUUAUUAGAUUCAACAGGAGAAGAUAGAUGCAAACUAAUAGCAACUGCUUCUACCGUAUUUUAAGCAUGUAAAAAUAAAACAUGUUAUGAUAAUGUUACAGCAAAAACUGAUUCCGAAUGUGAUAAUUAUUUAAGUGGAUGUGUCACUCGUGGUACAGGAUGUAUUCCAAAUACAGAACCAUGCACAUCAUACAGAGGAACUAAAUAAUAAUGUGAAUUAUUUAAAAAAUAUACUGGACUUGUUACUGAUAAAAAACCCUCUUUUGAAUAUUGUUCUGGAGAAGUUGAAAAUACUGCCACUAGUAAAUGUAAAGUAAGAACUUGCUCUGAUAACACUACAUCUAAAACAGAUGUUGAAUGUGCUACUUAUCAGAAAGGCUGUAUAACCAAGGGUAUUGGAUGUAUUGAUGCGACAUCAUCAUGCACUGCAUUUAAGGGAGAUUAAGCAAUUUGUGCUAAAUUCAUGGGAAAUUCAAAUAAAAUUUAGUGUUGGAAUACACCAGAUGCAUCAGCUUAAUCUGAUUGUAAUUAGAAGAAGUGCAGCGAUAUUUCAGGUAAAAACAAUAAAGAAUGUAAUGAUGGUAUGCCGCCUAAAAAAGCGUCAGAUGAUCCUUUCUGUGUCUUUGACGGAACUUAAUGUAUUGAUUAUGGAAAACUUUGUAAAUCUUUCUAAGGAACUGAAAAGACAUGCCCCACAUUUUUGGCUAAAGAUGGUCCGUGCAAAGCUACAACAGUUGGAAUUGUCAAAGGAGCAUGUGCUAAAAGAGUAUGCACAGAAGCACCAAAUAGUCUUAUAACUGAUGCUGAUUGUUAGAAAUAUCAUAAAGAUUGUUAUACAACUGGUUAUGGAUGCACAUCUGUUAAUUAGUGUAAUAGUAUAAUCAGUAGAUAGUUAUGUUAAGGAAAAUCUGAAUGCACAUGGGCAAAAUAUUGUACUGAUUAGAUAACAAAAUGUGAAACUUAUAAUAAUACUAGUUACUCAUAAUGUGCUAAUUCUAAAUUAAAUGGAAAGUUCUGUUUUUGGGAUGAACAUUAUUCAAUUUGUAAAUCUCAAACUUGUGAAAAUCAGCCAGUAACACUUGAUUCUCAUACUUAAUGUUAAAAUUUUGCUGAUAAUUGUACUACAACAGGGGCUGGUUGUAUUACCAUUUCUGAUUGCGCUUUAUAUAUUAAUAAAUCUAUUUGUAAUGCUGCUUCAUCAAGUAGGGAUGGUUUAAAAAGAUGCAUCUGGGACAACAUACUUAAGUCUUGCAGAAAUAAAAUCUGUAGUGAUAUAUCUGCUUAAAUAAAUGCUGAAUGUGAGGCCUUCGAGUUAGGAUGUAAAUUAAAUGGAUAAAAAUGUGUUAAUGGACUUUCAUGCACAGAAUUCACCAACAAGUUAUUCUGUCUUAAAUCGAAAACUGGACCAUGUCUUUGGGUUAAUGGAUAAUGUUAUGAUUAUGGCAAAUGCGAAGAUGCAGUCAAAAAAACACAUCCCGAAUGCUAAGCAUUUUCACCAUUAUGUACAACCAAUGGAGAUAGAUGCAUCCCUAUUACAACUUGUGAAAAUACAUCAUCAAAGGUAUCUUGUAUUGUUGGAACUAAUGGAGCUUGUGGAUGGUUGCCUAAGGGAAAAUGUUAUAAAUUUGGAUAAUGCACUGAUGCCAUUGCUGCUACAAAUGAUGAAUGUCUCUCUUAUGGAUCUACAUGUAUUACUGAUGGAACUGUAUGUAUUGCUAAAUCAACUUGUAGUAAUUACAUAACAUAAAUUGCAUGUGCUAACAAAGGAACAGAUGGUAUAUGCUAUUGGAAUGUCACAUCAAAUAAUUGCAAAUUGAAAGAGUGUACAGAUGAGUAAAAGGGCACAAAUGACUUAUGCAAGCUUAUCUCUGUAACAAGUGGAUUAUGCACGACUGAUGGAACCAAAUGCAUUCCAUAAUCAACUUGCUCAAGCUAUGUUGAAGCUGGAUGUUUCAAUGGAACUGAUGGAGAAUGUAUAUACGCAUUACCAGUUGGAGCUACUACGGGAAAUAAAAUCUGCAGAUUAAAAUAUUGUGAAGAUAUUUCUGGUGGAACAUCAAAUGCUAACUGUAUGGGAGUAAUUACUGGAUUAUCUUGUGUAUCAAAUGGAACAAAUUGUAUCUCUAAGGCUGCUUGCUCAUCUUAUAAGAUUAUUACUGCUUGCAAUGGAGGUGGCUUUGAAAAUAAUAUAUCAACUGUUUGUGCAUUCAUUCCUAUUAGAUACAAUUCAUUUUAAGGAAUUUGCAAGACAUUCUCAGCAUGUUCUGAUGCUAACUAAGAUGAACUUGCUUGCUUAUCUAAUCCAUCAUGCAAAUGGUCUGAAAAUGAAAUAGGAUUCUCAUGUGAAAGUCAUACUUGCGAGACUUAUGCCAUAGAGACUGAAUGUCGUCCAAUUCCAAGUUUUGAUGGCAAUUAUUCAACAAUAUGUCUAAUGUAAAAUGGAAAAUGUGUUUCUGCUGAUCCAAUCACAAUUACUGAUCCUAGAUUAUGCUACAUAAAAUCAGCCUAUACACACAGUUGGAAUAUCUUAACUAGUAAAUGUGAAAGUUGUAUUCCUAUCAAAAAAUAAACGUCUGAUAAUCCUAUUAACUCUUAAGAUCCAAAUACUUUAAACUCUAAAUUUUUCUUAUCACUUUGUCUCUGGGGUUUAUUAAGCUCAUUUUAAUUAUGA